CGCAGAAAGGGAGCCGGGGGCCAGUCCUGGAAGCCAAUGAGCGAGUGUGAAGGGUGUUCCGCUGCGUCAGCGGGGCCCGAGCCGCCCUUGGGAGGAGGAGCCUGGGGUCCAGCGCCGCGCAAGCGGCCCUCGCUUCCCACCCAGGGACCCCGAGCCCUCUGCGCCCGCAGACCUGGCGGGGUCGCAGGGCUAGGUCUCCGCCGGCCGCCCUCCGCCCUCCGCCCUCCGCCGGCGAGCUUCCUCUGGCCUGCGGCGGCAGAGCGCAGGAGGCGGGGACGCCGACCGCCCGGGGCGGCCGGCGGUCCAGCGUCCGCGCCCCGCCGAGAGCCGGCCUGCUUUCUACGCAGGCGCGCCGCCCAGGCCGGGAGGGGCGGGGCCCGGACGGGUCGAGGGGCGGGGCCAGAUCCCGGGCCCGCCUCCACGGGCUCCUGUGAGCCGCCGAGCGCUGGGCACCGCAGCUAUUCUAGGGGCUUCAGUCAGAGGCGCCGUCCGCGAGACCCUGGGCCGGCGCCGGGCGCAGCGGCCUGUCCGCGUUGGCCUGUCCGUCUUUGUGUCUGUCUGUGUCGGUCUGGCUGUGCCCGAACUUGCCUCCACCUCUAAAACGAAGCCUCCCGGACAGCCCGGCAUCCCGCGAACUCUCGCCCCUCUCCCAUGGCAGGCUACUUGCCCCCCAAAGGGCACGCCCCUUCACCCCCACCUCCCUACCCUGUUACCGCUGGGUACCCGGGGCCGGCGCCAGUGCCCUCCCACGUACCUGCCCCUGCGCCCGCCUUCUCUCUCUUCCCCUCGCCCGGCCCCGGAGUCCCCGGGCCUGCUGCCCCAUUCUUGCCACUGCCGGGGGUGCCUUCCGGCCUCGCAUUCCUGGUGCAGAUUGAUCAGAUCUUGAUUCACCAGAAGGCUGAGCGAAUGGAAACGUUCCUCGGCUGGGAGAACUGUAACCGGUAUGAACUGCGCUCGGGGGCCGGACAGCCCCUGGGCCGGGCGGCCGAGGACAGCAACUGCUGCGCGCGUCUGUGCUGUGGCGCGCGCCGGCCCCUGCGUGUCCGCGUGGUGGACCCCGGUGACCGCGAGGUGCUCCGCCUGCUCCGCCCCCUGCACUGUGGCUGCGCGUGCUGCCCGUGCGACCUCCAGGAGAUGGAAGUCCAGGCUCCCCCCGGCACCACCAUUGGCCACGUACUACAGACCUGGCACCCCUUCCUCCCCAAGUUCUCCAUCCAGGAUGCGGACCGCCGCACGGUCCUGCGCGUGGUGGGGCCCUGCUGGACCUGUGGCUGCGGCGCGGACACCAACUUUGAGGUGAAGACCCCGGAUGAGUCCCGCAGCGUGGGCCGCAUCAGCAAGCAGUGGGGGGGGCUGUUCCAGGAGGCGCUCACGGAUGCAGAGGACUUUGGCCUGCAGUUCCCGCUGGAUCUGGACGUGAGGGUGAAGGCGGUGCUGCUGGGAGCCACAUUCCUCAUCGACUACAUGUUCUUCGAGAAGCGAGGCGGCGCUGGGCCCUCGGCCAUCACCAGUUAGAGGCCACCUCGGGGUGAGGAGACCAUCACCUCAACGGGGAUCCAAGAUGGCGGCCUGUCCCGGCCCCUCCUCAGAGGCAGCCCCUUCCCUCAAUGUGCACUGCAGGGGACGGACAGGGAUGCCCAAGAGUCUAGGGGCCACGGCGCCCUACCCCUACCCCUACCCUGAUUCCCUGGCCUCCUUCACCUCGGCCCCCAGACAAGGGUAUGUAGGAGAGCCCUUCCCCUGCGACCUCCCACCCGUCUCUGGUGAGCCCCCAGCACACAGGCAAAUCUGCUUUCAGACUCUCCCUCCCCUCCCCGUGCUCUCACCCCCUACCGGGUCCCUGCUCAUGUGGCCUGUGGUGUCCAGAGCCCUGGGGUUUUCUGAUGGAGCUGGGGUGGGGCGGGGGACGCAGCACCAAAGAUGGCGGGUAUGACAGCUGUCUCCCCGCACUGGCUUGGCCAGCGAGUCCCGCCCUAGACGGUGGCACUCUGAGGGGGUCCCCCCUCCCUGUCAACAGCUGUAGGGCCUACCCUCCGGUGCCAACUUCCUUCCCCCGGGCCCUGCCCACGGUUGCAGCUUUUGUGCCUUAUGCAAGCACCCCAUCCUUUCCUCGCCCUGGGAAGGAGGCUGCCAUCUUUGUAUGACAUAUUCAUAUAAACUUUGUAACUUUUCGGA